AUUGGAGGUCUGGAUAUAAAGUGCUCUGUGCAAACAAUGAAUGUACCAGUGAGCAGUUUGCCCUCUGAGCCUUUCACUGAACCAUGGUCCAGUCCAUUCCAGUUUGACCUAAUGGGUGGGCACCACAGUCCCCACACUCCAAUUCACAAUGAACCAGGGGCCCUUGAGCAUUUCACUGAAAAAGAGGAUGAUAGUUUUAUCACCACAGCCUCCCAUAUUGAAAUGCUCCACCAUGACCAGGAGUCAGUAAAGCGAAAUGCUGAAAAAGAGUUUCCUGCUGAAACAAAGGAAGAGAUUUUAGAACAGAAGAGGUAUACAGAAAACCUCAUGAAAAGCCUGGAGGUGAUUUCUGACUCUAUAUUCAAAAAAGAACCCAUUAUAUCAGAACACAAGGAGCAGAAUGUCACCUCUCUCACCAGUCAACAACGUCAAGAAAUUGAAUGUCAAGCAACUCAUGCAGUUGAGAGAGAAGAUCACAGCGAAACAGAAGCAAUUACCAGGAAGGAGAAUAUAUUAUCACCUCCAAAUAUCAAUGAGCGGAAGGACGAUAUUGAAUUCAUUCUGAAUGAGUCACAGUCAUCUCUCUCAAACAGCAUUGACCCCACAGUCGAUGGAAAACAGCCAAUUUCAUCACAGCCAAGUAAGCCCACAGAAAACAAUGAGAGCAAGGCUAGGACUAAAGUCACAUCAGAGGAGGAUAUCACUGAGAAUAGCAAUUUGAUUGAGUCCACUCCCUGCUCAAGUGUGGUGACACAUGACCCACAUGUGGUUGAGUCUGACAGAAACAGUAAUGCAGCUGACGAUGUGAAUCAGUUAUUUAAAAACAGUGGUAAGAGUCCAGACCAUUUGAACACAAACGGAUAUGAGGAAGCAGAGGCAGUGAAGGGGAUCAUUGAUCACUCAUUUGGCCAUCCCUCAUCACCUGCUCUACCUGACAUUGGUCUAGACAUUGGUGAGCAAAUUAAAACAGCAGACAAAGAACAUUCCACCGAUAACCAUGGUAACACUGAAGACAUAAAUUCAUAUGUAAUUUCAAGAGUUGACUGCUCAGACAGUGUAAACGAGGAAAUAACAGCCGAACAGGAUCCUUUGAUUGGACUAUCUCCAAGUGAGAACCGCAGCCCUGCUAAGACUUACAGUGCAAGUCCAACAACUGCUCUGUCGAUGGAGAUCGUUUCCACAGACGUGCCCUGUAGUCCAAUACUUGUGGAAACCAAUACGAAGAGCACCAGUCAUUGCUCACCCUUUAGAGACACAGCGUCCAUGAAGGGACAAAGUCAUCUCUUGAUUAUUUCACAGUCCGAUUCCCUUAUUGAGAGGGCUUCCUGCAAUGUUUCUCCAUUCGAUGAUUCAUUAAAACCUGAAACAGGUCUUGGCUUUCAGAAACAAGAUGAUAUUUUAAAUGUUCAGGACAUCAAAGAACACCUUCCUAUUGAUUUCCUGGCAAGUCACCAAAACUCACCAUGCAGAGAAGAAGAUGAUGAAAGUAUUUUUCCUCACGCUGCCCCACCAACUAGUCCUCUUACUUCAGCCUCUGAUCAAACAACCUUUAAAAAAUGGAACACUGAAGAGGAGUCAUGUCAGUCACACAGCAAAUCCAGUGAUAUAUCAGAUAAUCAAGGCUCAAUUCAAAAUAUGCCAUCCCCCAUGAAUAAAGAAGAAAACUGCGAUGUGACAGAGUCUUUAAGCAGUGACAGAGAACUGCACCCAACACCCGAGAUGGAGUAUUCCUUGACAAGCCCACAUACUCUGGAUUUGGGGAUAAUUAAGUGUAAACUUCCCACCUCUGAAAUUACCAUUCCUUCUCCACUUCCAGUCACCAGCUCAGAAGAACCAGCAGAAGUGUCAGAAUGCCUAGAAAAGAAUGAUUCAAUGUGCGAUUUCAAGCUCAGCCCUCUCAACUACAACAGCAUCUCAGAUGAACCUCCGCAACUGAAUCAAUAUGACUACCUUUCACCUGCCAGUGAACACAGUGAGAAUCUAGGAAUCAAGCAGAGUCAAAGAGAUGACUGUGGAGCAUGUGCCCUGAGCGUAAACCCUGCACUGAUUUUCAACAAAACUGAAGUAGAGACGGUGGUAUCACUUAACUCAGACCCUGCAGCUAAACUCAUUUUAUCAGAUGAAUCACUGGUCCUCCAGCAAAGUAUGGAUUCCUCAGGUUUUCUAUUGAGUGAUUCCUCAACUGUUAAUUUAAAGACAGAUUUGCAGGUGCACCAUGAAAUAGUUGGAUCUGUUGAGCCUUUGCAUAUUAACCUGCUGGGAAAGGAUGAACCAGAGAUGUUUGGCUCUCAGCAGGCUUCUACUGAAGAUAGUUCAAUUGUCAUAAACAACAUUUCAGAGGGUCUGCCCACUUCUAAGCCACUCAUUAUCUGUGAAAAUGAACAAAUGCCCCCUCCACCAGACCCAUCAGAAAAGCCACUAACAAUACAGACUGGCCAGUAUUCAAAAGCACACAAAGAAACAACACCAAAAAAGACACAGAACAGUGCUCAGCAGGGGAAAGAGCUCUGUGAAAUCUGUCUAAUGUGUUUCAGGACUGUGCCUGGGUUAAAGAGACAUAAAGCAAUGAAACAUUUGGUCAGAAGUGAAAAACACAUUGGCCUCCAGAGCACAACAUCAAGCCAUCAGGGGACUAUGCUUAUUUGUGAAGCAUCACAAACCACAGAGAAAGAACAUAAAGAUGAUUCACAGACCUGUUACCCAACAAAAAUAGAUGGGCUGCCUGACACAAGUAGCACUCUCGUGUCUAAAGCAGCAGAGACUGAUUCAGUCCUGGUGGAAAUGGCGAAAGAGACAAAUGCAGUGACAGUGGGUGAAGUAGGCCAUCAAAACCCUGUGCUACCAUCAAAAGCAAAGAACAACAAAGCUAGAAAGAACAAAAUCAGUGAUGUAAACAUCAAGACAGACCCUUUCUCUGAUGAGCUUUUGAAUAUAUUAAAAACAGACAUACUUCAAGCUAUAUCCCCUGAAUUCAAAAGCAGUGGAUUACAAGAGAUGCGCAAAUCUCCAGCAGAGCAUAUGAAAAUCAAUGAAAAAACAGUCACUGGAACAGAAACAUUUCCUCAUGCUGUUACUACACACUCUGGCUUUAACAACACACCCCAAUCUCUAACAAAAGAACCAAAUGUACAAAAUGAUACUGUGGAGCAAAAGGAAAUCACUAAUUUGGAAGAAAUUAAAAGUACAAGCAUGCCAGAGAUGGCUAAUGGUGAAAUGUAUACAGGUAAUAAUGUGGAAAGUGCUAUAUCUAUAGACAAUGAGCCAAGGAAUACUAGGUGCUGUGCUGUGGAAGAGGUGUGUGAACAGGAAGCAUCAGAAGACAGCCUUGCCCAAGAGAUUCUCAGAAAAGUGGUGGCAUCAGACGAAGCACAUCCUCUCUCCUGUUUGAAUUGUUCCCCUGUCAGUCCUCCCGGCAUCAGCCCUGAUCUGAAGGCACUACUUGACGACGACACCACAUUUUCACAGCUGUUCCCCAGAGAUGACGAGGCAAAAAGGAAAAAGUGCCCGAGGGUGUACAGCAAAAGAAACAAAAGACAAAAGCUAUCGCCCGAUACAAAUGUUACUCAGGAAUCUCCUCCUUUAGAAACUGUCAUGCAAAGUAAAGAUCAGUUUACGGAAAACAAAGCAGAGCAGAUGUUCACUGAGAAUCAAACUAACGGCUGUGAAUAUGAGACAAUAUCUAUUGAUGAUGCCAUCAUGUUGAAUAUGUGCCACAAAAGCACAUUAAAGACUGAUGUCAAGGAGUUGUCAGAUGCUAAGCAAAGUGAUCAGCAGGAUGUUCUUCAAAAUGUUAAAGAUGUUGGCAACAGCUCUUUGAAUCCACUUGAGAGCACUGUUGAUAAAUCUUCAAUUGAAUGGAGUGGCUCCAGUGGCUUGGACGCAGGCUCAACGGUGACCUCUGACCCCAGCAGCUGUAAAGCAGAAGAGCCAAUUGCACCCAGCCCUUCGCCCCUGCCCUCGGCCCCCCACACUGUAGACCCAUGCGUCACAAAGAGUAUCCAAGCCUUCCAAAGCAUUGACAUUCAAAACAUCAACACCACUUUUCAACUUCCUGAGAUUAAGUUCUUUGAUUCAAAAAAAGAUAUCUCAGUGGCUCCUCCAAUUGCAACUGUUGAUGUGGAAAACAAAGAUGAUGAAAAGUCCAAGAAAGUGAUGGAGAGGCGAGGCAGGAAACGGAAAGACGGGGGAAUAAAGGUCAAAGAUAAGCAGUACAAGUGCAAAGUGUGCUUCACCUGGUUCCUCACCCUGGGAGAGCUGAACUUUCAUAAACUCUCCCACAACCCCUCCCCCCCACCAACCUGCUACAUGUGUGUCCAGCGUAAGUUCAGCUCCAGGGAGCAGCUGAGGGACCAUCUGAGGGAGAAACAUGCCAAAAACAAGACAGGUAUCUGGACCUGUGGAAUGUGCUUGAAGGAGAUUUCGGACGUGUGGAUGUACAAUGAACAUUUACGAGAGCAUGCCACUCAGUUCGCCCGGAGGGGUCAGACUCAAGGCUCCAUGUUAGGUAUUCCAGGCUGCUUCAUGCAGGAGACAGCUGUGAAGAACUUUAUCACCUCCAUCAUGCAGCACCGCCCCAGCAAAGCCAGCAGAGAAUCCAGCAAAGCCACUAAAGAACAGGAAAAAGCUUUCACUGCAGACAGCGCUGUGGGAGAGGGGAAAAGCUCUGAGGGGGCUGAGCCAAAAGUUCACAAAACUAAAAGUAGCAGUGGAGCAGGCGGGAAGCAGAGCACAUUAACCCCGCUCGAGGUCCUCCACAAAACAGAGACACCUAAAAGUGUGGAGAUGCAUCCAAACUGCAAAGACCCCUCAAGAGACUGCCAUCACUGCGGAAAACAAUUCCCUAAGCCAUUCAAACUGCAGAGACAUUUAGUGGUUCACAAUCUGGAGAAGAUCUUCCUGUGUCACAAAUGCCCCGUCUCUUAUCAGGAGGCCCAGGAGCUUAAAGGUCACCUGAAGAGAGCACAUGAGGAGGUGGAUGAGCUGGAUUCCAAACACACCACCCUCUACACCUGUGAGCUCUGCGCGGAUGUCAUGCAUGUGAUUAAAAAAUCUUUCAUCUGCAGCACCUGCAACUACACCUUUUCAAAGAAGGAGCAGUUUGAUCGUCACAUGGAAAAGCACCUGUCAGGAGGAAACAAAAUCUUCAAAUUCCGAGGUGUUCUCAGACCUGUCAAGGCCUCUGCGUCCAAAGAAGAUGAAUGUGAUUCGCCUGCAAGUAAAAAGAGGAGAAUUCUCUCUGACAGCCUGCAGGAAAAUAGCUCAGACAGCGGCAUCGCCAGUGUAAGCUCACUGCACUUAAAUCAAAACUCAGAGCCUUCAAAACCCUCCGUGCCAACAGCAGAAGACUCCACACAGACAAUCGCAAAUGAAUACCACAGUGACACAAACAAUACAAAUGUAAAGACUGAGGACGUUGCUGAGGACUACUCUGAGCUACUUGUAGAGCUGGAGAAAUGUAUUCAUAUGGGCUCAUCUGAGUCUGAUGCAACGAAGAAAGAGGAACUUGACCCAGCCACCUCACCUCUUCUUGAUAAAGAGGCUAAUGGGAAAUCAAUUAGUGAUCCAUGUGACGUGAAAGAAGAGAAUGAGUCAGUCUGUAUUAGAGCAGAAACAACCUCAUGGUCAGGGUCUAAAGAGAAUAGUAGUGCGGGGGAGGACACUGUUAAAACUGAGGAUAGCUCUGCUGAAGGUGACACAACUGAGACUGAAAAGGAAACAGAUUCACUUUCACUAAGCAAAGACUGUUUUGUCAGCUUAAAAGAAAAUCAAAUUAUUCCAAAGACACUUGAGGCUAAGCGUGAAUCUGCUGCUGUUGUGAUGGAUCAACAGAGUGAUGAUGAGCACUGGCAUCCCACUCAGAAGGCUUCAAAUAAUGACAGCAAGCAGCCAACAUUAUCUCAAGGUGCUGAGCCGGAAAGUAGCAGUCCCAUGAAAGACAAAGUUUUGCCUGCCAAAACAACGGACAACACUAAAAACAGAACUGGCAGCAUGAAGGCUACAGACAGAACACCCAUCCUCAACUCCAAAGUUGAGGACAAAGAACUGUUGAGACCACAGAAGAAGACAAAAGACAUGAAAUCCCCCCACAGCCUGCAAAGGGUUUCCUCUCCAGCCACACAGGAGAACUUUGGGGUCGACUCUCGGGCCAAGAAGAAAUUUCGCCCCAGCAAGUGUGCAAAUCAGUCUCUGCAAAGGAAGGCAGAUGGACCCAACGACUACCCUGUGCUGUCCUCAGUGCGGGACGAUGUUGUUAGCAAUAAAAUUGUUUCCAAGUGCAAGACUUCAACCUUGCAGUUGCAGUCAAAAAGAAACUUGCUUGACGGCUGUACACAGAAGAAAGCUGAGAUAACGUCUCCUCUUAACGGAGAUUACAAAGCCAAAAAGGGAUCUCUAGGGCGGCCUUUGCAUCUCCCUAUUUCAAAAGUGUCUUCAGUUCCAAUGAACAAUUCUUUGAAUAAAUCCAGGCCAAAGUUGGGGGUUAGGUCAAUAGAGAGUCAUUCCUACAGGACAGCAGAGUCCCAGAAUCACCUCUUAAGCCAGCUGUUUGGCCAAAAACUCACUAGCUUUAAGAUUCCUUUAAGGAAGGACACAUCAGAAACUAUUAACUGAGAGGCGUGUGAGGGAUCUGUGAAUAAGAGACACAGUUAUACAUGUUUAAGACAAUUCAUUAUGGUGAAUGAGAUUGCACAGCUUUUUUCUGUGAAAUGCUAUCUUUAAAUACUUACGUAGUCACUUUAUGUCUUCUUUGUACAUGUGUUUUUGUUACACAAAUGUGAGGACGAACGGCGGAUAGGAUUUUGGGUCAAAAAUGAAUAUGCUAGUUGGGAAAAUCAUUGAACUCUUUUACUGCAUUUCCUUUGUUGGCUUGUAUCUAUUUUAGAUAUUAUAUUUUAUUUACCUAAAGGACAGGAACAAUUACUUGAACAUAUGGUAAAAUGUUUUCUUCUAAGAAAUGCAUGUUCAUUUUGCAUUGGAUCCGAUUAAGUCGUUCUGUAAAAAGGACCAAAUGACAUCAUAACUUUCCUGGACUUUUGUCUGUGCACCUUUUGUACAUGCUUCCAACAUAUUCAUUUUGUAUAAAUUUUUUACUUUACUGUACUGCAUUGACAUUCAUCAUAUUAGCCUUUUGUAUAAACCGUAUGGUGCUACAUGGUGUUUAAUUGUAAUGUGAAUGCAAAAUGUCCUCACAAGGGAACAUAAGAUCUGUAGCAGUUAAACUACAUUCAUUCGACUGUUUUUACUGGUUCUCUGUAGUUUUCUAAAGAUACUGUGCACAGCAUUCAAAUAUUUCAUAUGUAGGCUAAGAAAACAAGAUUAGGAAAGCUUCCAUUGUAUAAUCUCAGGUGCAUACAAGGAUAUUACAGUCCCAACACCUGUAUUCGGAGUUCUUCCCAUGCACUGAUAAUCACACACAAAUCACAAACUCAAUCAUCGUGUCUGUAACUCCAACUGUUUAAUUAUGAAUAGUAUUUACUACUACAACAAAGGUGCUUUAUCUUGUUUAUACUGUAUGUAUCUUAUAUUGUAUAAUAUUGUAGGUAGAUUGUUGUUUUUGGUGUAAUGCUUCAUGUCAAAGUUUUAUUUUAAUAAUGUGCAAAAGAAUCAGUGAGAGAUGAAAGGGAAGUGCAGGGCCUCUGCAAGAUGUAAAGUGGUUCGCUAAGUGCCUCUUUUAUAGUUGGUUAUUAAAGAUCUGUAUUUGUCUCUA